GUUCACCUCUCCCGGUAAAUCUGGGUUCUCGCUCGUUCUGCGCAGUUGUUUCUCGGGAGAGAGGGACCACUCAUUGAGAGCUGGAGGUGAAGAGGAUCCCUUCGGAUGAAGAUGUGGAAGAUCAAGGAGAGAAAGAGACUGGCCCACGGUCACAAGAUACUGACACGGUUGGCCCAAGCACUUUCCACCACGAUCGUAGGGGAAAGACAAGGUCACCCGCUUUCUUCUAAUGGCGGAAAGGGGCCCCUGAGAGGGCUGUUGACUAGUGAGGGAUUUUAAGAGGAGAGGAAUGAGGAAAAGGAGGGGCUGUACGAGCUGUCUGGCGCAUAGAUGCACGCUCACCGGCAUACACCUACAGGCUCUCACACAUUCUCACAGGCACAUGUACACUUUUACACACCAAGUUCUCUAUGGUCCCAGAUCCAGCCUUCAGUGCUCUCCAGAGGGGCUGCCCUGGGUUCUGGCUGUAGCCCUUCUGUCUCUCUGCUUCAUCCCUCCUCUCCCUCCUAGCGCCCAACUGCUGUCACUUCGUGCCCUGCCAAGGAGGAGGGAACUGCAGUGACAGCAGGAGAGAGAGGCAGGACAGAGUCGUGGGGUACAGAGAGGUAUGGAGAGGGAGAUGCUGAGACCAGGUUAACAGUGAGACCCAGAGAGGGGGCUGAGGAGCAGGGUGAGGGGUGGUGAGAGCCCCCGGGGGAAGCAGGAACUGAAAGGAGCGGCAAGAGGGGACAAGACAGGAAGACUUGUGGGUCACAGAACAACUCAGCCAUGCCAGGAGCAAAGCGACACUGGCGACCAAGACUCCCACCCAGCCCCAGGCUGCCCUUGGCCCUGAUACUUCUGACCCUAGGGAAUGGGUGGGCCCAAGAGGGGGCAGAGCCUGUCCUCCUGGAGGGGGAAUGCCUGGUGGUCUGUGAGCCUGGCCGAGCUGCUGCAGGGGGGCCUGGGGGAGCAGCCCUGGGAGAGGCGCCCCCAGGAAGAGUGGCAUUUGCUGCAGUCCGAAGCCACCACCACGAGCCAGCAGGGGAGAUCAACAAUGGCACCAGUGGGGCCAUCUACUUUGACCAGGUCCUGGUGAAUGAGGGUGGUGGCUUUGACCGGGCCUCGGGCUCUUUUGUGGCCCCUGUUCGUGGUGUCUAUAGCUUCCGGUUCCAUGUGGUGAAGGUGUACAACCGCCAGACUGUCCAGGUGAGCCUGAUGCUGAACACAUGGCCCGUCAUCUCAGCCUUUGCCAACGACCCUGAUGUGACCCGAGAGGCAGCCACCAGCUCUGUGUUACUGCCCCUGGACCCUGGGGACCGAGUGUCCCUGCGCCUGCGUCGGGGGAACCUACUAGGGGGCUGGAAAUACUCAAGCUUCUCUGGCUUCCUCAUUUUCCCACUCUAAGGGUUCAGGCCUUUCAAGGACUGGAAUCUAACCCCUGCCUUCUGCCCUCUGCCCUCUGCCCUCUCCUGCCCCAGAAGCAGCAUCUUUGGAGUAGGAGAGAGGCUCCCUCUGGGUGCCUGUAUUCCACCUUCUUGCAUGGA